AUGCGUCGGCGUUCCCCCCUCCUGGCCGCCCUGGCGACCGGCCUUGUGUGGGGAUCUUGCCAAUGGACUUUCGCCAGCCCAUCAGCUGGUGUUCAGCAUGAGAGCUCGACCGCCUUGACGAGAUCUUCUGGGGCAAGGACAGCUUGGGCGACGGGGAGCCUGCCCCGUGACCAUUCCUCCGUUGCAACCGCAGCAGCAGCCGCGGCAGCUCCCAACUUCUUCAGCAAGGUGUUUGCUGCCGGUGCUCAGGGCGCCACAGCCGCAUUCGUGGCGGCAAUUCUGUCUGCCAUCUGCGAGCCGCUCGUGAACCGCCUGUUGGUGAAGCGAAUGACGAUCUCCGAGGCGCUGAAGGAGAUGAACUUCAAGCUCAUCUCCAACUUCUUUCUUACGACUUUCCCUACCAACAU